AUUUUUCUAAACCAUAACAUUCGACUGAAUUCAUUUCCUUUCGCGUUUUGAAAAGCGGUCGGCGUUCAAACAUGUUGUGGAAGGUACCAAUUUUAUUUGUACUCUUGGUGCUCAUCGGGGCCGAAAACAACGAAAAUCCGCAAUUGGAUUGGUGGCAGACGAGUGUCAUUUAUCAGAUAUAUCCUAGAUCGUUCAAAGAUAGUAAUACAGAUGGUAUUGGCGAUUUAAAAGGAAUCGAAGAGCAAGCCAGCUACUUCAAAGAUACAGGAAUCGGCGCAGUAUGGCUCUCACCAAUCAAUAAAUCACCAAUGAUCGAUAUGGGAUACGAUAUAUCCGAUUUUACCGCCAUCGAUCCGAUCUUCGGCACAAUGGAAGACUUCGUCUCGUUACAGAAGAAAUUGGAUUCGUUAGGAAUCAAGCUGAUCCUGGAUUUUGUACCGAAUCACUCGAGUGACCAGCACGAAUGGUUCAAAAAAUCCGUCAAAAAAGUCGAUCCGUAUACAAACUACUAUGUUUGGAGGGAUCCGAAAGGCUGGCUCAAUGAAACUGCUCCGGCACCUCCUAAUAACUGGGUAAGCUUAUUCGGCGGAUCAGCUUGGAAAUACAACGAAGAAAGAAAACAGUUCUAUUUACACCAAUUUGGCGAAGUACAACCAGAUCUGAACUAUCGUAGCAAAGAGCUGGUGGAAGAGAUGAAGAAUGUAUUGAAAUUCUGGUUAGACAAAGGAGUUCACGGUAUUCGUACAGACUCCGUUCCCUACCUAGUCGAAGAUGAAAAGUUCCUAGAUGAGCCUCCCUACAAUAAAACAUCUGCUGUACGAUUAAUUGGCAAAAAAGAUUAUGACGCAUUAGGCCAUAUCUACACUAAAGAUCAACCAGAAUCCUUGAAAAUUUUGCGUCAAUUCAGAGAAGUGCUGGAUUCGUACACGCAAAAAGGAGGUCCAACAAGAUUGCUCCUAACUGAAGCAUACACAGAUAUCAAACAUACGAUCGAAUCUUACGGUACUCAAGAGAGUCCAAUAGCUCAAAUUCCAUUCAACUUCUACCUACUAACAGAACUAAAUGACUCAUCUAAUGCCAAAGCUUUCAACGAUACAAUUCAUUUAUGGCUAGACAAUAUGCCCAAGGGUAGGUGGCCCAACUGGGUGAUUGGAAACCACGAUAAUUCAAGAGUAUCCACUCGAUUCGAACCUAGCGCCGUUGAUGGAAUAAAUAUGCUAGUCCAAUUACUACCAGGUACUGCGAUCACAUAUCAAGGCGAAGAAAUUGGAAUGGAGGAUACCAAAGUUAGACAAGACCAAUCUUCAGACAUAGAAUCACCUUCCAGAGAUCCGGAACGAACACCUUUCCAAUGGAGUUCUUCGCCUCAUGCUGGUUUCUCAACUAUAAGCGGCAACACGUGGCUGCCAGUCAAUCCAAAUUAUUACACUUUGAAUCUCGAAGCCCAGAAAAAGGAUCCUAAAAGUCAUUACAACAUUUACAAAACAUUAGUCAAACUCAGAUCAAAUCCAGUACUUCAGCAUGGAGAUACCAACACCUAUGUUGUAUCCGAGAGAGUUUUUGCCUUCAAAAGAAGUAUACCCGAAGAAGAAAUGUACAUCAUUAUACUGAACCUGAAUAACGAAGGAGAACACGUUAAUUUGAAUACUUGUAUGCCAGACCUGCCUGGAAAAUUGAACGUGUACAUUGCUAGUAAAAAUUCCGAGUAUAACAUUGGCGAUCAGAUCAAUACCGAUGAUGCUGGAUUCUAUAUGAGACCAAAAUCUGCUUUAGUAUUACAAGGAAUUCUGAAAAAAGAAACUCCAUCACCGCAGAGUACAGGUGCGGCUUCAUCGAUAUCGCAAUUUUCACUUGUAUCAGUAUUAUUACUUUCCAGUAUACUCCGCCAUUUUGUCUGAUUUCUUCCACUCUCUCAAAUGAAUAAGCGAAAUUGAUUUUGCUUUUUAUUUUGUUGUAAAUAUUUUUCUUGAUGUUAUUGUUACCCAUUAUCGUUUAUUUUCGAUUACCUAUACCUAUUCGUUUUUACCUGACAUUUCUUUUAUUAAUUUACUUCCAGUGUGAUUUAUUAUUAGGUACCUAGAUAUUAUUAUUUCUUAUCUUGAAUUAUUAUUUUUAAGUCAUUAUAUUUUAUCGAUAACGUGAAUUUGUUGCAUUCCAGCAUAAGUUAAUGAAAUAUAUUUUAUGUAAAAAUAUUUUUG